ACCGAGAGACCAUGAGGAAGUGUGUGUGAGGAGUUGAAGCGUCGUGUUGUUGUGUUUACUUUCAUUAUCAGUGAUAUUAGUGGAUUCUAUCUGCUUUGUCAUGAAGAUAAAUGAGAACACUUUACUGGAGGGACAUAAAGUCGUGCUCGUGCCUUAUAAUGCGGACCACGUGCCCAGGUAUCACGAGUGGAUGAAGUCUCCUGAGCUGCAGCAGCUGACCGCCUCAGAGCCUCUGACCCUGGAGCAGGAGUACGACAUGCAGAGGAGCUGGAGGGAAGAUAGCGACAAGUGCACAUUCAUCAUCCUGGACAAGCAGCGGUGGGCGGACACCGGUGUAGAAGAGGAGCAGUGCAUGGUGGGAGAUGUCAACAUCUUCCUGACUGACCCCACAGAUCCGUCCGUGGCUGAGUUGGAGAUCAUGAUAGCAGAGCCCAGUUACAGAGGGAAGGGCAUCGGGAAAGAGGUGACACUCAUGAUGAUGUGCUACGGUGUCACCAAACUUGGGCUCAAAAAGUUUCAAGCGAAAAUUGGGCUGGACAACCAGGUCAGCAUCGCCAUGUUCAAGAAACUCCACUUCCAGGAGGCGUCGGUGUGUAAAGUGUUCAAAGAGGUGACCCUCGAGAUGACGGUGGACGAGUCAGUUCGCACGAGGCUGCUGGACGACAUGGCGGAUGUGAAGGAGCGAGACUACAGACAGACCUGCAGCAACAGACAGGAGCUGGUUUCAUAGUGAAGAGCUAAAGACUUCCAGCUGUGAAGGAAAUCAUUCUGCACACAGAACUCUGAAGCUGAACACUGGUGUGUGGUUUAGACUUGUACCCCUGUAAGCUGUAACACCAGAAUACUUUAUUACUGCAGAGAUGGGAAGUAACUUUUACUCAAGCCUAAGUGCAGUUUUUAGGUAUCAAGGAAUGAGAGGAAUGUAUUUAUCAUCAUUCAUCACAGGGUUGUAUAAGACACA